GCGGCAGAGUCCAUGCGGGGCCCAGUCAGCUUCGAUGAUCUCCUCUGGGCAAGGUGUCUUUUCGACAGCCGCGCAGUGUCCUUGGAAAUCAAGGUCGAUGGACCAGCAAUUCCCGGAGUGCAGCUUCCUGCUCGAGUCGUUUGCUUGGCUCCGGAGGUGGACUUGCUGAAUCACAGCUCCACCGGUGUCUGCGCCCCGCCAUUCUUUGACAACCAGCGGCGCACGCUGAUU